GUCGGACAAAAUUUGUGUCUUUUUUUAGAUACAUAUAUGUAUUCAUGUAUAAAAUAUAGCAAAGGGAACUCAAAUUGACAAACUCAACCGUAACGGAUAUGGUUAUGUCCAUUGCUUUAAAUUGUGUUUUUAGUUAUUCCAGUCGACUUUUUUGUCUCCGGCUCCCGGCCACCGUACUGCGGAAACUGAACCCACGUGGUCAAUCAAAACAUCAUGGCGGCCGGAUUCAAGACUGCAGAACCUCUGGAGUACCACAGGAGUUUUCUGAAAGAAAACUGUCGACCUGAUGGACGAGAGUUGUCAGAAUUCAGAACCACCACGUUGAACAUCGACUCGAUAUCGACGGCAGACGGUUCGGCUCUGGUGAAGUACGGCAACACGACAGUCAUCUGUGGAAUCAAAGCGGAGUUGACAAACCCAACAGUGGAAGCACCUGGUAAAGGCUAUGUUGUACCAAACGUGGACCUGCCGCCCCUGUGUUCAUCUCGGUUCAGACCGGGCCCUCCAGGAGAACUAGCCCAGGCUGCCAGCCAGUUUAUCGCAGAUAUAAUUGAAAGCUCUGAAGUGAUACAACCAGAAGAUCUGUGUAUAGAGCGAGGAAAGCUGUGCUGGGUUCUCUACUGCGACCUGAUGUGUCUCGACUAUGAUGGGAACUUGUUGGAUGCAUGUGUUGUCGCACUGCUCGCUGCACUUAAAAACACUAAACUCCCUGAAGUCACCGUCAACAAAGAGACCAGUUUACCACAGGUGAACGUGGACCAGAGACACAGUCUCAACAUCCACAGACAUCCCGUUGCUACGUCAUUUUCUAUUUUUGAUGACUCCAUUCUCAUGGUGGACCCCACAGAUGAGGAGGAGAGUCUGGCUACAGCUCAGCUCACUGUGGUGACAGAUGAAGAAGAACGACUAUGUUGUCUACACAAACCAGGUGGAACAGCCAUGUCAGGAGAGAAGCUGCAGGAGUGCAUGAGCCGAGCGACGGUGCGACAGAGAGAGAUACAGAAACUCAUCAACAAAGUCAUUCACAGUGUGAACAUGGAAAAAUAACCAGCUGGAGAGAAGAUGCUUUUGUUUGUUUGUUUUUUUAUCUAAAAGCUGUAUUUUCCACUGUCAAUAUAUAUUCUUUUUAAUAACAAUAAAACUGCUGACAAAGACUGCUUAAAAAAUUA